AGAAAGAAAAGUCUCUUUAAGCUAUCGUAAUUUUCAGUAAAAGCGUCAUUUCAGUGUAGAAUAGUUAUGGUGUUAUUAUUAUUCUACUCUCAAAUACUUAAACGCCCUGUAGACCUACAGCUUUAAAGAAAAAAAGAAUACGUAAUCGGGUAAUGUAGGUACCUAAACGUUAAAGUGAAAACUUGUGAACUAUAACUUGUGUUUCGUUUUUAAACGGGACUACCUACUAUUCUUAUCACCUUCUUCUUGUCACAGUUUAACUGCUAACAUUGAUUGCAUAACAUGUUUAUAUAUUUUUUAUUAUUAUUUGUAUUGUGUCUAUAACGCUGUAACAGUUGCAAUAUACAGUAGGAGACAGUAUAAGAUUUACAAGAUAAAAAUUACCAAAUCAAACUAAGUAUGAAGAGAGAGAGACAGAGAGAGAGAGAGAGAGAGAGAGAGAGAGAGAGAGAGAGAGAGAGAGUGAGAGAGAGAGAGAGAGAGAGAGAGAGAGAGAGAGAGAGAGAGAGAGAGAGAGAGAGAGAGGACCUCAGUCCACUUUUAGAUUUUAGGCAACAAUAAAAUUCUUUCUCUUAAACUUUUUAUUCAUGCACAUUUACAUGUACAUUUCUUACUUUACAGCUAUGGGAGGAGCAUCAUUUAGUCAGCCAUGGAGGUCUAUGCCAUGGACCAACGAGGAGAAUCUCAAUUUUAUUAAAUCUUACAAACCUCAAAACAAUGAUGUCGAAAAUCUCAGAAUUCUGCUUCAUGGACCAGUCGGUGCUGGCAAGUCCAGUUUCAUCAACUCUGUUGAAAGUGUUUUACUCGGCAGAGUUACCGGUCGAGUUAUGACGGAUACAAUCUCUGGUUGCAGCUUUACCAAAAAGUACAAAGCUUUUAAAAUCCACAAAGACCCCGAGAGCUUUUACCCUUUCAUUUUCAAUGACACCAUGGGCUUUGAGCAAAGGAAUGGAGUGAAUGUGGAAGACAUCAAACUGGCCCUGAUGGGACAUGUGACAGAAGGUUACAAGUCCAUUCCUGGAGUCCAGUUGAAGGAAAGUGAUCAAGGAUACAACUCAUGUCCCUCUCUGGACGACAAGGUUCACGCUCUGGUUUGUGUCAUGCCUGCCGACUUGGUAUCUUUAAUAAGUGAUGAAGUUGUGAAGAAGAUGAGAGACGUCAGACUAGCAGCCAGUGACAUGGGGAUUCCACAACUGGCUAUUCUCACCAAAGUUGAUGAAGCCUGUCCUGAGGUGAAGAACAACAUAAACAAUGUCUACAAGAGCAAAUACCUAAAGGAACAGGUCGACAAAUUCAGCUUGAUACUGGGAAUUCCACAAAACUGCAUAUUUCUUGUGAACAACUACGAAUCAGAACUCCAAACAAAUGAAGACAUUAAUGGGCCGAUACUGAUCGCAUUGAGACAGAUGAUUGUCUAUGGAGAAGACUUCAUCAACAACCUGUAGACCCACAUACUGCUGAGCUGAGACAGACCUUAGGAUCAAAGCAUGAAAACAACACUACUCUCAAGAGUCUUUUUCUGAACAGUAAUGUGCAGGGUACUUAAAAAAAGAAAAUGUCAAGCAUGUUAUGGAUAUACUGUAUCAUUUAUAUCAUACAAUGCCAUGUACAUCAGCAUUGUAUCAUGUGAGGCUUCAUUCCUGGCUUUUUAAUUUAAUUGGAAAUUCUGUUUGAAAUGUGUUUGUUUCUGUGAUUGGCUGCUCAUUCAGAUCGAAGCAACAGCUUCACUUGUCCCUAAGAAAACUCUUCAUGUUUGAAAACAAGGUGUUUGCAUGUGGUUAUACUCACAACUGUCCAUGGUAAAAGGUUUUAUGGUACAAAUAAACUAUGCUGCCGUCGUCAUUGUCAGCAUAUUUGUUUAUUUCACAUUAAUUGAAUGUUUGACUUAUUUUCCGACCAUAUGCAUUUGGAGAUAGAAGUGCGUCUGAGAGGUCAGCUUUUAUUAUUUUAAUGGAAUGAAUUCUUCAUUCAAUUGUACAUUCUGAUGUAGGAUAUAUUUAGAAAUUAAACUCUUUAAAUUGUGUGAUUAGAGCAAUAUUUAAUUCAUUUUCAGAUUAGAAUCAAAAGGAAAUUGCCUGUUACCACACACUAGUUCCACUUAAGAGUCAUAUAUAAAUACAUAUAAAAUAUAAUAUUUAUCUUGAUAUUCUCCGAAUGACACUGAGGUGGUCUUCUAUCAGUUUUAAGUGAAAUUAGUCUGUAGCAACAGGAUGUCUCCCUUUCGUUCUAAUCUGAAAAUGAGUAAAAACAUUGCAUUAAUAACACAUUAUAAGGGCUUAAUUUUGAAAUCCGACAUGAGAAUGUCUUCUGUGGUAGUAUCCGCUACAGUAGGUCUCUCCAGGACCACAUUUUGCCACGUUGACACAUGCUACCAAGAUUUACAUUUAUACUUCAUUUAAAUAUAAUAAUGAUCACCAAAAUAAAGAUGUGUAACCUC